AAGCCUGUCAAAACCUGUUACAACUCGUUCAAAUUCUAACUUCUAAGAGAGAGAGAGAGAGAAAAAAAAUCCAAAAUUUGCCUUCCUUUUUAACAAGUUUAAUGCUGAGAAAUAAAGGGAAAAUAGGAUGUAUUCUGUACAGAUGAUAAGCCCCGUUUUGUGUUCCAUUCCCACUUUUAAUUUGAGGAGGAAGAAGAUUCUCAACUUCAAUACUUGUAGAAGAAGACGAAACUUCCAUGGCCAAGGAUCUAGAAUAUGUUGUGCCACUCAAGAAGGUGAAGAGUCCCCCGAAUCGCUGUUUAUGAAGGAGUUGAAGAGGAGAGGGAUGACGCCCGCUUCAUUGCUGGAGGAUGGCAAAAAAGCCAAUUAUGAAAUGAAAAUUGGGGAAGAAACCACGAGUUUCUCCACAACCAAUGCUGUCUCAACUGAUUAUGAAAAAAGCUUAUCUAAUCAAAGGCAGCGCUCCAUGGAUUUGAAUAGCGAAGGCCUUGAGGGGCUAGUUCCGCGGGCUAAACUGUUGCUAACCCUUGGAGGAACUUUCUUCCUUGGAUUUUGGCCUUUGAUCCUUUCAACGAUCAUAUUCUUCUCCGCUCUCUACCUUUAUUUCGGGUUGUCGUUCAUUCAUGAUGGAAGUAAAACACCUGUUUCGCCACCCCCAUACAUAGACCCUUAUGCACUUCUGGAAGAUGAAAGGAUUUCUGGAACAGCCUCUCCUUCAAAUUGAACAAGAACACAAUUCAAUCAAGUUUCUUAGGGUUACAAUUUACAGGUUUGUGUAGCAUAUUUCCUUCAAUUACUGUAAUUUUCUUUGUAAAAUCCU